CCUGAUAUCUAUCUUAGUGCGAACAGUUCUUAUAGCGCCACACUGUCCAUUACGAAUAUCUCGUAUGUAUGUAAGUGUAUCGUAUGUUACAGGUACUAUUCGAUGCUUAGAAAGUAACGAAUACGUGACGUCCAUAACGUUCAUAUCCUCUCUGCGUAAGCAUUCGCGCGUCAGGAGGUACAUAUAGACGUAGUCUCGAACUUUGCUAUUAACUGUAUUGUAUUUAGAGAGAGAGACACGAUAAUUUUACUUGCGUCACGCAGAAAGGCGUAUACGUAUAUAAGGGCUAAACUGAUAACACCAAUUGUUAUCUCGUUAGCACUUCGGAUCACCGCUCGUGAUUCUCGUGAGAAGUGCCAAUUUUUCAUUUGUCAGUUUCAUCUUUAUCCAAGGUGAAAUAAGCACAUGGUGUCAGACAGGAGGGGGAAGGGGGGGGGGGCAAAAAAGAAUAAUGCGCAAGAAAGGUGAUUGGAACGGACGGAUCUAAUUAUAGUCGUGCGAGACAUUGAGGAAUACUUACGCUGGUCUCUGUGAUUCCGAAGACGAGGAGAUGCGACAUUUUGCGUAAAAUUCUAAUCGUUUUGAUUCGUACACACAGCGUUGUCACAGCGUUGCGGCUCUGACUUGUGUCGUAAUGUUCGAUAUGCCAAAAUUGAGAUUCCUCUCGGCACUCGUCGCGAGAGACAAUGAAAAAAAAGCUCGAACGUUGCGUCCCUUUUGCGCACAUUGCCAAGGAUUUGGUCGAGUUUGAGAUAAAGUUUCAGGGAAACGGGGAACGGAAAAGUGAUCUUACGCGCGCUACAUACAUCACACACGUUUUUUCGGACGUUGUACAUAUAUAUUAGUAUUAUCAGAGAUAUACUAACACAAUGCAGGAUUUUGUGAUUAACGGGAUAAAGCGUGUAUAAUACGCGGCGAGACGUGCACUCGAAGAACGUUACAGCGUAAUUAUACUCCAUUUGGCACUAUACUGUAUGUAGUACAAGUAUUAUUAAAUAAGUAUGUGAAAAAGAAAAAAAAACAAUCUGUAAUUGAAUUCGAAUGCUUGGAACUUCGGCAUCUCAUCGCGACCCUCUAGCUCUUUCGUUUCCCUGCACAGGCACCUGUCCCCAAGAUAUGUACCUUCGAGACUCUCGAGAUCUCUCGAAGACCCGGUUUAAAACUCUAUGCUCGAGGCGAUUUUGAUCCUCGUGCGAUUUAAUUGCUCGGGAAAACUUUCAGGACGGCGAGACUCGAAGACGGACUUUUAUCGCCGCCCGUGUGUCAGGAUGGAGGAAGCGGAUAUUCCCAGGCACCACGACGCGAAGACCCGUUCCUGAGUCCAUUGCACUUACUCGGUUUCUGGCUCACCGAGACUCCGCCUUCUGGUGUACGAAGCAGAGGAGCCAAAGAUUCAGCAUCCCACGGCGGUCCACCCCUGACCAGCGUGGGUGCUCGUGUAGGAGGAUCCUCGGAGAAGCCCUCCUUUCUUCCGCAUCCCUCUCUACGUCGCCCCUCGCUCCGUCCUUCUUCCGCGAGACGGUUCUUCACCGAGAGAGGAGCCCGGGAAGAGAGAUGCGGGAGAGAGGGCACGUUCUCGGCUGUCGAGAGAGAGAAAAAGAGAGAGAGAGAGAGACGGAGAAUGAUGUCUUGAUGAUAAGCCAGCGGGGUAGUCGCCUCGGGCGAGUUCUUUCUGAUUCAUCCGGGGAUUCGAGGCGCGCGGCUUUGAGCGUCCUUGUCAGCAUCGGGAGCACGGAGGUGCGGACAAGUCCUGUUGACGGUAGAGCGCCCGCUCGUCUUGCGACGAUGAUGUCGAGGCUCGUCGGAUACUCGUCGGUCAGGAUCGUCGCGCGGGUGCUAAAAACCACGACGAGCGGCCGCGCGAUAAGAAACGUGACGGACGAAAGCCGAUGGCUUUCUUUCUUUCAAUGAGGAGCCACGUGAGAUGCUGAAGAAGAUCGCUCGUUUCACACCGCACCACCGGCGACAUUAAUACUGAGGCAGAGAGAGAGAGGGGGGAAACAGAAAAAAGAAAAUAGAGGAGCUGGAUGGUUCCCCGAUGAAAGCACACCUGUUCUCUGCGAAGCGGUCUCUAGACCAAGCAGAUAUUCACAAUUAAUUAAUGGUCAGUCAUCAACGAUCAUCGGCGAAGAGUGAUACAGACGUGUGUGUGUGUGUGUGUGUGUGUGUGCGUACAUAAAUAUCCAGAUGAUGAUUCUCGAUAAAAUUCGCUUCCUUUCGGCUGAAGAAGAGGUAUCGCACCUUUGGAAAUAAGGGUCCACCGACGGUCGAGCGCGGCACCACCGGAAGAUGAGGAGGAUCCACGAGGGCGAACGAGGGUGUUUCCUUUCUUCGUCUGAUUGUUCCCCAUACCGGAAAUGUGUCGACGAAUCGCAGUGCGCGCCAAGUUGAGGUAAACGUCGCGGCAUGGGUUGCUACGCGGGCCCGCAUGGAUAAUGCGUGUUUCCUGCCGCGGUGAUCACUGAUACCGAUACCGACGAGGAUGCAGCCGCAGCACGAGCAACGACAUGAGCUUGCCACCGAUUGCUGUUAUCAGCAGUGGCCGUCGCACCACCACCAUCAUCAUCAUCACCAUCACCAGCAUCAUCAUCAGCAGCUGCCGGCCGUGCCGUCGCCGAUGCAGCAGAUGGAAGAGCGCCGGGAGAGGAAAGCGAUCGCUGAGCCCCAAUCCGACGAAGACCGCCGUGCUGGUCCAGCCGGUCUCCUCGUCGGCCCCCACGGUGGAGCCGCGGAACGACAGCAACAACAACAAUCGUCAUCACGGUGAUCAUCAUCCGAGCAACGACGGUGCGUCCUCCGUCGAGGAGUUGGGUGCUAAACGACCGCUUCACCCGGCGCUGGUCGGCGCCGGCGCCGCCUUGGAGGCGAAGCCGCUCUGGGAGGAAUUCCAUCAGUUGGGUACCGAGAUGAUCGUCACGAAAGCCGGACGGAGAAUGUUCCCCACGUUCCAGUGUCGGCUAUUCGGCUUGGACCCCAAUACGGAAUACCUGAUGGUAAUGGACUUUGUGCCGUGCGACGACAAGAGAUACCGAUACGCCUUCCAUAACAGCGCCUGGGUGGUGGCGGGUCGCGCUGACCCGGUGUCACCUCCCAGGAUCCACAUGCACCCCGACAGUCCUGCGAGCGGCGCGCACUGGAUGAAGCAGCCGAUCUCCUUCGACAAACUGAAGCUGACGAACAAUCAACUCGACGACAAUGGACACAUUAUCCUGAACUCGAUGCACCGCUAUCAGCCACGCUGCCACGUGGUAGUCGCCCCCUCGCCGCCGGGUGCGGCGCCGGACCCACGUACGGAAAACUUUAAGACAUUCUCUUUCCCGGAGACCCGAUUCACCGCGGUCACCGCCUAUCAGAAUCACCGGAUAACGCAGCUGAAGAUCGCCAGCAACCCGUUCGCUAAGGGCUUCCGGGACUGCGAGUCGGACGAGUGCGAUAGCGUGGCCAUCAGCGGGAUGCAGAAUCCGGCGAAGAGGCCGGCCACAGGAAGCGCCGGAAGCGGCGUGCUGCCGGCGGGUUACAACACCGUACCGGGGAUGCAGAUCACAGGCAUACCCGGUCAGGAGCAUCACCAGUUCUACGGUGCACCCGGCGCAGCCGGCCACUGGACUUAUCCGAACCACCAUGGGCACCAGCCGUCGGCGCACGUCAACUCGGUCCAUUAUCCGACGCAUCCGGGCGCUUCGCUCUACGGGCCGCGAUAAGAAAGCCGUUGAUCGUCGUUGAUUGUUCUUCGGUCACUGUGUAAUCUCUCUUAUCAGUUCUUGUACGUGCCGAAGACUCGGCGACCGAUCUUAUCAAACCUCGUGCAAGACCCAACGUGUCCUCGACGAAGAAUGUGAGAGACGUUUCAGUGAAACGCGAUCUGCAUCUUCUUGGCUCUUAUUUAUCAUGGAUAGCCGAGCAUUGUGUGGACUUCCAUCGGCGAAGAUUCAAUGCGCGCUUACACAGUGUGAGGUAAAUAUGUAUUGUCGUAUCAUUCGCCGUAUCGUUCGUGUACUUUCUUCUCGUGAAUCACACGACGAUCGUUGCGUGUAUUUAUUAUCGGGCUGUCGGAGUGCCUUCGUAGUGCCUUGUGAACAAUGGGACAUGAUGGACAAAACAGAUGUGUGCCUUAUAUCGCGCGUCCUGCUUAUUUUUUGCGGGCCUAAGCACGGUUCGUCACAAAAUCAUUUCGAGUUAAAAUUAAAAGUGAUGAAACGAGUUCACGAGCGAGUGUAUAUUUAUAUUUUUGUGUAUAAGGACGGUUUUUUAAUACGAGUUCACUUAAUCGGAGGUAAGAUUUAGUAAUUAACGGAUAACGGCAUUGCGCUGGAUGUUAACACUUGAUACUCUAACCAAAGAUUGUUGUACCAAAGAUUACGCUAAUAUUCGACGUGAAGUGUCUAUCUUUAAGUUUUACGUUCAGUAAGAUCGUUCUUCUAUCGGCUCAAUCACACGAUAUCCGACGUUGUUUUCGUCAAAACAAACAACAUUAAAAUUGAACGAUUACAUUUAGUCAUUGUGAUAUAUGCAAUAUUCACUUUCACAAAUUGCUCACACGUCUGCAUGAAUAAAAAAAAAACAGACGGAAGUCAAAGAUUUGUCGGCAUGUAAAUUUGUUUGUUUCAUCAAAUAUUCUAUUGUCGGUCUACACGCAAAUUUUUUUCUCCCGAAUGUCCCGAAUCGGGAUCACUCAUGAGAAACGAAUCGGCCGAUCGAUGCUGGCAAACUUGCGGAAGGCCAAGGAAGAAAGUGCCUUUUGUAGGAGCAAAGUGCGUCUAUUUAUACUGGGUGUCUCAAAUGCCGAACGAGCCUAAAAGGUUCUCGAGCCAAGACGGGAAAGUAAACGCGCCGUGACACUCCGUGAGAGUGCGUGGCUGCUAAGUGUCUUAAUAAAUUAUGCCUCCGGGUAUCGUGCCAUUGUACGUUUAACUUUUUAAGACUCUCGUACAGUGUUUGAUAGUAUUAGAGGGGCGUUUUAUGGCCCAAACAAGGAAUAAACAGUAGAAGAACGCAACGCA